ACAGUUCGAUGGGUGACCCCAAUGGGCUAAUAUUUGCACCCACACUAGGUGGAAAUAGGGUCUCUUGCACCGUCAACUAGCUAGACCAUGGAGGAAGAACACAGCAGACCGAAUGCCUUUCACAAAAUCUACCUGACUGACUGGUUUCAUUCCUGAGCGAAUUACCUAGGUAGGCCAUAGAGAAAGGAGAAAAAACCUCCGGUACGUAAACAAUAUUAUCCAGGAGAAAAAGAACAGAAUACAAAGCACAAAGUCAGCCAUGCACAUGUGGUAUUGUGUAGGGAUUCAAACGACAGGAAGUAACCCCUGUCAUAUGGCGAAGGGAUUUCGGGGGUAGAGCAAGCUGGUGAUCCCCUGCCGUAUGAAAUGAACACUGCACCGCUCUGUGUUGUGUGAGUGUCUGGUGUAUGCCGAAGGGGGAGAAGGGAUAAUUCUUCUCGAAAGAUUACAGGUAAACCACAGAUUCUGUGCUCACAAUGCUUGCUUCAAUAAUGACUAUGUUCCUUAUUGCUGAUGGUGUGUUCUUCAUUUGAGUUUUCAUGGAGUGUGUUACGGUGGAUGGCAGAUAAUAAUGAAAUGUCGCCAAUUUGCGGAAUGUUCUUCCUGCAGGGGGGGCGUCAAACUCAAAAACAAAUCAUCCUCAGAUAUCCAAAGACUGAGAGUUGCUUGUGAUUGUACAUGCGGAAUAAUCAUCAAUGCUAGAGUAGAGAGUGGAAUGACAUCAACAUCUGAACUCCAGGCUAGGCUGAUUGCUUGCUGAUGCUGCCGUCAGUUUCGUCGGAGAGAUUCCAGCGAUUGCUUUUCACGGUUUGGUUUGAAGAGAAUUUCCAAACUUGCCAUAACGAUUCACAUCAGCGUUACAGUUCACAUUCGAUCCACCAUAAAAAAUAUACACUUAGCAAGUUUAUGUUUGUGGUGGAGUAAACUUCAUGAUGUGGAAAAUAGCUCACCGGUAAUUCAUAGAUGAUGAUAAACAGUUGAAAGCGAAGAGGUUUGUUGAUGGACGGUUUGUAAAGGAGUGCGUUGUCGUCUGUGGCUGUAUGUUUUGUUUAGUUUAAACACAGAUGCCUGCGGAAAAAGAGCUGCAGUCUGUGACGAAUUCUUGACUUGGAUUGUAUCACUAGGAAUUCCUGUUGGAAUUUCUGGCUUUGAUGAACGCUAAAUGAAUACUUCUUCAAAUUGGAAUUCAUGGCUUCGAUGAAUGCUGAAUGAAAACGUCUUAGAGUGGAUGUUCUACAUAAUAUCGGGGAAAUAUUACUGUAAGGGUUUAGAAGCACCUUCUACGUAUGUAAAAUCUGUCGGUGAGUUAUCCAGUUGUUCUUGCUGUUUGACAUUGAUUCAGCAAUGGUCACCACACUGACUCUUCAGGCGGCAUUUCUGGAAUUUUAAGUAUACACGAACUGCGCAGCCAUUAUCAAGGCAUCAUGGAUGCGUGUGAGUUUAAGCAUCUGUACUGCACGGCAGCUUUACUAGCGGCAUGUGUUGUAAGCUGCGCGUUUGCGCAAACCGAAACACCUGAUGUGACUUUCACCCGAAAACCGAAAGAUUUGUUCGAGUAUUUCACCGAGGCUGACGAGAGCUUAGUUGCCCCGGUUUUAAAUUGCCAAAUUAGGGGACUUACAGAUGAGAUGGAGGUUGAGUGGCUUCGGAAUGACUUAGCCAUUCAUGAAGGCGAAUACACUGCAAAGAAUUAUUCACUGCUCAGUAAUUAUACUGACAGUGACUUUGAUCUUGAAAUUUCGCGCAACAUCACGUUAAGGGAUGAUCGCGACAAAUACUGCUGCGCUGUUUAUGUUGUCGCUAACAUCUCACAAUCCCACGAGAGAACUUUGUUCAAAAAAAUGUGCGCGAGGGUGAAGGUUUAUUUCUUUGCAAGGGAGAGAAACCCAGAGUGUUUGAUAAGUGUGACUUCUCCGGAGGCGGCUUAUAAAGAAGGAACCGGCUUCACUUUGGAAUGCUGUAUAAAUUCCUGGAAUCUUCACAUUCAGUUACUGUGGGAGCGGAACAGGAACAACGGGUUUAGGCCGAUCAUGGGGAUGAACAUUUCACGCAAAAACGAAAAUGCUCUGAGGAAGUGUAUUGUUCAGGACAUGACUGAUCAUCAAGAGGGCGACACGUAUCAGUGUCUCACGACGAUCUCGCAGUUCUCGCUGACUCGAGCAAACAGGCAGUUGCAGCAGAUCGGAGUUGACUUAAACAGUGUGCGGCAGAAGAGUUGCACCUUCGCGGAGAGGAGCACCAUCCUGGUGUCGCAUGACGACCAUAAAGAGGAUGAUCCGACGUUCUCUUGCUACUCACCAGGAGCAAAUUACAUCUGGAGCUUCGUUCCAAAUCUGGAUGAGAAGAACCAAUACCAUAUGAGCAAGGAUAGGAGCACCGUGUUGCUCAACUUAGACACGCUGACAGAUACUGAAUACAAUAUUACAUGCACCGCAGUCGGGGAAGACAGCAUAGGUUCGAAGACCCUGAAUGUUGAGAUAAGUCCGGUGGAGUCGACGAUGCAGAAUGUCUUUAAGAUCGUCGCCAUCUCUCUUGGGGUCAUCGUGGUCCUCUUCUUUAUUCUUCUCAUCGUUUACUUUGUGAAGACGAGACUCUCGUUUGUCUGCGGCCGAGAGAACCGCUCCAGGAACCUGACCCCACAGGAGAUGAGAGCGAGGAUCCAGAUUCGACGCAACAUGUCGGGGAACUCUUCCGGGCUGUACGCCUUCCCGUCCUCGAGAAUGGCAAGCUCCAGUAUCACCCCUCUUAUGGAAGGGCCAGAGGAAGGGGCAAGCUCAGCUGAACAGUCAAGUCCGAAGCCCCCACGGCCUGGAUUGAUCCCGGACAGGCACCGCCUGGAGGGGGCAGUCGGGGGCGCCAUCCUGGAUGAGGAUGACAUGAUUGAGUGCGAGUAUCGAGAUGAGUUUGAGCCUGAUCCGAAGAGCAUGAAUGUGGAAGGGUUGCAGUAUGCUGACCUUGAGUUUAGUAGUGAUGAGGAAGAAUACGCUGUCGAGGAUGAGGAAGAGGCGAGUGAGACGACGGGAGAUGAUAAGGGAGAGAAGCCAAAGGUCAACUACGCUGAUAUUGUGCAUUUUGAUCCGCGGCGGAACAGUGAUCCACGGCGGAAGAGCACUAGUACUUGAGAUGGAUUUGGAACCUUUGUGUCAGGUCAAAUGGUAAUGCCUGUCAGAAGAGUACUAGUACCCGAGAUGGAUUUGGAAUAGUGAUCCACGUCGGAAAAGUACUAGUACCUGAGAUGGAUUUGGAACCUUUGUGUCAGGUCAGACUGUGAUCCACAUCGGAAGUACCUGAGAAGGAUUUAGAACCUUUGUUUCAGUUCAAACAGUGAUCCCUGUCAGAAGAGAACUAGUACCCGAGAUGGAUUUGGAAUAGUGAUCCAGGUCGGAAAAGUACUACUGCCUGAGAUGGAUUUGGAACCUUUGUGUCAGGUCAAACAGUGAUCCAGAAGAGAACUAGUACCUGAGAUGGAUUUGGAAUCGCAAUGUCAAGAAGUGUGUAUGUCAAGCAAUAGUCAUGGACUGGUAAAGCAGGGUAAGGUUGUUUGUUUUACCAGCAUUUUGUAUAUUAGUGCAUUGGAGUAGGUGUGUUGAAGCAAACAUGAUAUUGUUGCAUAUUAGGAUUGUAUUUUUUUAGGUUUUCAUUGACUCAAUUAAAAGUACACUCUCAUGUAGAUUACUUUACAUGUUUACAGAACUAAUGAGCUUACUUAGAGACCCUGGACACUAUUGGUAAUUGUCAAAGACCAGUUCUUAUUUGGUGUAUCUCAACAUAUGCAUGAAGCAAC